AUGCGAGAGUAUGAGACCGAGUUUAACCAACUCAAGAGGUACGGUGGUCAUGAGCAGGUUGAAAUUCGUCGGUUCAGACCGAGAUGGAGGAUGAGCAGCCUCACCAAGUUGGUUGAGAAGGCGGCCAUGUUGGAAGAUGGUCUGGCCAAGGAAUCUCAGCAGCACUCCGAAGGGACCUCGGUACAGCAGGUACCGCAGGUGAACUCUAAACAUUGUACCAGAUCAAAACAUACUGCAGGCCGGAAGCCUGCAGGUAAAGCUUCGGGUAGUGUACGGGUGUCUCCAACCUACCAUAAGAGGCACUUGGGUCAGUACCGACAUUUACUUGGUACGUGCCUUGUGUGCGGAGGGAAGGACCAUAUGACCAGUAGCUGUCCGCAAAAGGGGAACGAUACGCAGGUGUGCUACCAGCGUGGCCAAUCGGGACACAUUCGACCGAACUGUCCAAAGCUGGCGACACAAGGGCAGAAAUGGGUCAGCGAGGUGUUGUCGUUGCCACCACCGCUGAAACGGUCGGAGAUUAUGCCUAGGGUGUACUCGAUCGCGGACGGGCAGGUGGAAGCAAGCACUUCACGGCAGAUCAUUGGGACCAUACUCAUGGGUGGUGUAGAAACUCAUGUGAUGUUCGAUACCGGGGCUACGCAUUGUUUUGUGAGUCCGUAUAUGAUUGGGAAAGGUCGAUUUCAGAAAGAACCCGGUGAUAACUUUGGGUUGGUACAAGCGGCGGGUGGUCAAGUGAUGAUGACGUACAGAGUGGUACGGAACAUCUCGGUCAUGAUGUGCGGUAUGGACAUGCCGGAAGACCUUGUCAUAUGCCGAAUGAAGUCACACGAUGUGAUACUGAGUAUGGAUUGGCUUGGGCAUCAGGCCAAUCUUGGGGAUUUUGUUGGUCUCAGCAUUACAGGCCAAACAGAUGAUCAGAACGGAUGCGAAGCUUACAUAGGUUUUAUCACCAUAGAGGAAGAAGGAUCAGAAAUGGGACUCCAGGACAUACCGGUGGUACGGGAAUUUGAGAGUGUGUUCAGACCAAUGUCCGGAUUACCACCAGCACGUUCGGGCCCAUUCACCAUUGAACUAGAACCCAGUACGGCUCCGAUAUCUAAGGCUCUGUACCGUAUGGCACCAGCGGAGAUGGCUGAACUAAAGAAAUAG